AUGAGUGUCAUAUGGGAUUCAGUGAGAGAGUUUUGCAAACAUUCUUAUGGGCACAAAAUCAACCUCUUUCCUGAUGAUUGGAUUCUGGCCUCAACUGCUGAGGUUUUGGCCAAGAAUUAUGAGUUAAGAAUUCCAUUGAACAUAGACCGAUAUACUGGUUUGGCAAGUCGUGCUGUGUUGGAGGCAAUGAUCAAGGGUUUUAUAAAAGGAGGAAACCUUAGACUUGCGUGGGAGGUUCUAGUAAUGGCCAGAAGGGAUAAAAGAAUGUUGGAUUCCAGCAUUUAUGCUAAGUUAAUAUUAGAACUUGGAAAGAACCCUGACAGACACAGGCGUGUGUUGCCCUUGUUAGAAGAACUUGGAGAACGAGAUGAAUUGAAUUUAAGCCAACAAGAUUGUACCGCUAUAAUGAAAGUAUGCACUAAGAUGGGGAAAUUCGAAGUAGUUGAGAGCCUGUUUAGUUGGUUCAAGCAGUCUGGCUAUCAACCAAGCAUAGUAAUGUUCACUUCUGUGAUUCACAGCCGUUACACAGAGAAGAAAUACAGAGAGGCAUUGACUGUAAUUUGGGAGAUGGAGGCUUCAAAUUGCCUUUUUGACCUUCCUGCUUAUCGUGUGGUAAUAAAAUUGUUUGUUGCUCUGAAUGAUCUAUCUAGGGCAAUGAGAUAUUUUUCAAGACUUAAAGAGGCUGGAUUUUCUCCCACUUUUGGCAUAUACAAGGACAUGCUUCAAAUUUACAUGGCCUCUGGGAGGACUGCGAAGUGCGAAGAGAUCUGCAAGGAGGCUAAUAUAGCUGAUUUGCAGUUGACUUACCCAAGAACAAAGUACAGCUGA